GAUAGAUGGAUGAAUAUGUAGAUGGAUGGAUGGAUGGAUGGAGGAUGGAUGGGUAGAUGAACACAUAGUUGAAUAGAUAUAGUAGAUGGAUGACUGGAGGGUGGAUGGAUGGAUGGAUGGAUGGGUAGAUGGAUGGUUGAAUAGAAAAAGAUAGAUGGGUACAUGGAGAGGUUGACAGAUGGAGGGGAGGUUGAAAGGAUAGAUGCUCUGACAAGGAGCCAUUUUGAACUCUGUCACUUUUCUUUUUCAGGCUGUCCCCCACCUGUCCUGCCCCUGUGUGCCUCUGUGUCUUUGCUGGGUGGCCUCACCUUUGGAUAUGAACUGGCAGUCAUUUCGGGUGCCCUGCUGCCACUGCAACUUGACUUUGGCCUAAGCUGCUCGGAGCAGGAGCUCCUGGUGGGCAGCCUGCUCCUGGGGGCUCUCCUCGCCUCCCUGGUGGGGGGCUUCCUCAUUGACCGCUAUGGCAGGAAACAGGCCAUCCUGGGCAGCAACUUGGUGCUGUUGGCAGGUAGCCUGGACCUGGGCCUGGCUGGCUCCCUGGCCGGGCUGGUCCUGGGCCGCUCUGUGGUUGGCUUUGCCAUCUCCCUCUCCUCCAUGGCCUGCUGCAUCUACGUGUCGGAGCUGGUGGGGCCGUGGCAGCGGGGGGUGCUGGUGUCCCUCUACGAGGCAGGUAUCACCGUGGGCGUCCUGCUGUCCUACGCCCUCAACUACGCACUGGCCGGUGCCCCCUGGGGAUGGAGGCAUAUGUUUGGCUGGGCCGCCGCGCCUGCGCUCCUGCAAUCCCUCAGCCUCCUCUUCCUCCCUGCUGGUGCAGACGACACUGCAGCCCACAAGGACCUCAUUCCACUCCAGGGAGGUGAGGCCCCCAAGCUGGGCCCCGGGAGGCUCCGGUAUUCCUUUCUGGACCUCUUCAGGGCCCGGGAUAACAUGCGGGGCCGGACCGCAGUGGGCCUGGGGCUGGUGCUUUUCCAGCAGCUAACGGGGCAGCCCAAUGUGCUGUGCUACGCCUCCACCAUCUUCCGCUCGGUCGGCUUCCGGGGCGGAUCCUCAGCUGUGCUGGCCUCGGUGGGGCUCGGCGCGGUGAAGGUGGCAGCGACCCUGACCGCCAUGGGGCUGGUGGACCGCGCGGGCCGCAGGGCCCUGCUGCUAGCCGGCUGUGCCCUCAUGGCCCUGUCGGUCAGCGGCAUAGGCCUGGCCAGCUUUGCCGUGCCCAUGGCCUCGGGCCCCAGCUGCCUGGCCAUGCCCAAUGCCACCGGGCACACGGGCCGCCCUGCAGACCCUGGCCUGCUCAAGGGCUCAUCCCCACCUCCAAUGCCACGCACCAGCGGGGACCCAAGGGAGCCAGUCUCGUCAACCAAGCCCCACUCCAGAGCCCGAGACCCCGCGGCCUCACCCCUGCCGGCGCCCCCGCCCGCCUCCCCCGGGCACGCGCUGCUGCGCUGGGCGGCGCUGGCCUGCCUGAUGCUCUUCGUGAGCGCCUUCUCCUUCGGAUUCGGGCCAGUGACCUGGCUUGUCCUCAGCGAGAUCUACCCUGUGGAGGUCCGAGGGAGAGCCUUCGCCUUCUGCAACAGCUUCAACUGGGCCACCAACCUCUUCAUCAGCCUCUCCUUCCUCCAUCUCAUCGAUGGGAUAAUACAUCCUUCCCAAGUCCAGCCAGGUAGUCAGAAGACUAGAACCAGCCCCCCUGCCUCCCAGCCAGUGCUCUUCCUCCUGGACACCCGGUCCAGCUGGUCAGGGAGGCUGCUUGGAGGAGGUGUGGCCAUGGCUGGAGGUGCCAUCGGCUUGUCCUGGACCUUCCUGCUGUACGGACUGACCGCUGUUCUCGGCCUGGGCUUCAUUUAUUUAUUUGUUCCUGAAACAAAAGGCCAGUCGUUGGCGGAGAUAGACCAGCAGUUCCAGAAGAGACGGUUUGCCCUGAGGUUUGGCCACAGGCAGCACUCAGCUGGCAUCCAGUACAGCCGCAUCGAGGUCUCUGCAGCCCCCUGAGGAGUCCUCCUGCCUGGAAAUGCUGGCGCCGUGGCCUUACCAGACCAUCCCCAGCUCCCUCCCAGGCCCUGGAACACAAGUUCUAGGUGGUCCUUCGCAAGUGGCCCCACCCCAAAAGAGGUCAUUUUUUCCUGGGGGUGAGAGGAAUGACAGUCUGAGAGCCCCAAACUCUUCAUUUUGAGUCUUAGACCCUCAGGGUUCCUGGGGAUCUAGCUUCAUGCCUCAGUUUCCCCACUGACUUUGCACAUCUCUGCAGGAUUUAUGACAAGAACAACUUACAGAGUCUUCGUUGCACCAUAGAUUUUUCUCAAAGAAUCUCUAGGGUACCAAUCCUGGGAAAAAGUCUCUCCUGGUAUCACCUCUAAAUCCAACUGAGGAUAUCAUGUUUUCUAACUCUCUUUUUUUCCUCUGGAUGGGACAUUUUGGUAAGAGGUAGCCCCACUUUUUGACUCUUGUUUCUGAGUUUUGUUCAACCCCUCUAAUUCUCUUAUCCAGAAUAUUUAUUAUUCACCAGCAACUGUGAUAGAGACCUGAGUGCUCGUUCUGGUUCUGCUGGUGCCGUUGCCAUCUGACCAGCUGUGUGCAGUGGGAGGCCUGGGCCAGGUCAUUCUUAAGAUCUCUUCUGACUGCAGUGAGCCGGAAUUCCAAAUGCUGGUGACACAACAAAUUUUCACAUGGGCCCUGCCCUCAAGUUGCUGGGUACCUCUUUAAGGGAUAUAAGUUUUCAUCAGUAGAAAAGGUAAAUAGGAUUCUAGAGUGGUGCACACUAACCUCCAAGAACCAGCACAGUGCCCGUAAACAAGCACCAGCAGCUGUUUCCAGGGUGGUGCAGGACGGCUCUGCAGAAAGGAGAUGGGUUUGGAGGCCAAAAAACCUGGUAGUCAGGGUUGCCUCUGCCUCUUGGCAGCCGUUGACCUUGGGUAAGUAACAACUCCCUCAAACCACAGUUUCCUCGCCUGUAGAAUGGGGAUAAUUAUGUCCCUAAGGGUAUAUUUCACCCCUGGCUCCCUUCAGUGGGGUCCUGGCUUGUCCGGGUCCUGGGGGAUUUCUACUCACCCUCCGUUACCCAGGUCCCCACCUUUGGGACGUUGCAAAGGGUCAGUCCUCAAAGAGUGAGUCAGAUGGGGACUGAGCAAGUGGCUGAGGCUGACGGUCACUUAAGGAAGGGGCUGACAAGAAGGAUCCCCAGCCCCCAGAUGCCGAGGAUAACGAGGAGCUAAAAUAGAUCCCGGGUGCUGGUGUUGGACCAUCCCGUGGUGCGCCGGAGCUGGCUUGUGAGAGCUCACUUACAGUUUCAGGCUUUUUGAGAGGUGGUUGUUAAACACAGCCGUUAUAACAAAUUAAAUGACUUAAACUUAUCAUUAAAUAAAUUACAUUAAAACAAAGGUAAUUAGUACUCAAAACUCAUCACCUCUUAAUCCUUUGACUGUGUCUUUCUGUUAUCUGUGCUCUUGGGUUUACCUACAUGUAGAGUGUCUCAUGGGGCCCCCGGGAGGCAGUGCACACCUCUUCCCCCUCUGUGCUCAGCAGCAUCACGUUGGUUGUUGGUGGCUUACCUGGCUAUGGGGAGUGCAUUUAUGUCACAGAGAUUGGAGAGUAUUACAGAUCAGGGCUUUAUUUAUUCUCUUGAUUUUCUAGACUUGAGAACAUGCUGGACAAAAUGGUUGGAAUGCAAAUUAAAUGUAAAAGUGUGUCUCA